CGGGAUACCCCGGACACCAAGACCGACCGGGCCGGCGGGAGAGGGGCGGCCUCGGUACCUUUUCAUAUGAUCUGCGAAUGACAAAGCUCCAAUUGCCAAUUGCAUCGAACCUUCCUUUAGAGCUUCCUACCUUAGCUUUUUAAGCUCUCCAACUACGUCAAUGAACUGACUCAUUCCUCAAUUGGAAUUUCCACCAAACUCAAACUCAAUUCCAAUUUCAUUCCCUUCUUUCUUCAUUUCACGUCAUUGACGGAUGUGAAGAAGACAUCACGAUACACGACGAUUAUAUACAAUUUCGUAUAGAAAGCUAGAUACUAGCUUAAUUAUCUAGCGACAAUGGCUUCAGUAGCUUCAAUAUUGCCUCGUAAUAUGCUACGCUCAGUACAGAGGAUAUCCUCUGCCAGCUCCUCCGCACAACGAUUAUUGCUUCAGCGCCCAUUGAGUAGCUCUCGUGCGCUGCGAGCUGGUGUCUAUGCGACCAAUCCACCACCCAUGGAGCCGCACAAACAGCGGGACCCGCAGCAAGCAAAAGAGCUUGGCGUCGGCGAGCUUGAGGGCACGGAGUUCCGCGUUGAGCCCGUGCGACGAGUUGACGAAGACGAUGGAACAAUGCGAGCACGAUUGGUUUACCAAAGCCGUAAACGCGGAACCUUAGAAUCCGACCUUCUCCUCUCCACCUUCGCAGACGCCUAUCUCCCCACCAUGACCCGUGAACAAAUGACCCAAUACGACCAAUUCCUCGACGAAAACGACUGGGAUAUAUACUACUGGGCGACCCAAGAACCACCCUCCAACGCCAUCUCCUCCUCAUCCCCGGCUUCCCCCACUAGCGUUCCGACGCCCUCUAUAGCAACCGAAGACACAAGCUCCGCCUCCUACGCCGGCGGCGCCGAAGCCAUUCUCUCCGAGUCCACGCCGCUCUCGGACUCAACAUCCACUACCGCAAACACAUCCGCCUCCGCGGAAGCCGUAUCAACAGGUGGUCUCCCACCUGCCGGCGACGCAGGCGAGGGCAAAGAAGCAGCAGCCGCAGCCGAGGAGCCGUACCGCACACAAGGUGAGACGUUUUCGGGUGAGUGGGCGCAGACUGUGGGAACGUUUAAACCGGCUUAUCGCCCGGUGCCUGCUAGGUGGCGCGAUAGCGAGGUUUUGCAGUUGUUGAGGGAGCAUGUGAAGACUAGGGCUAAAGAGAAGGGUGGGAUGGCGUUUAUGCCUGCUUUGAGGGAUCGUUGAUUAUGAAAGCCGGUUGGGGGAUAAGUAGGAGAGGAUGGGAUGAGACUUAUUUCAUGUAUAGUUCAAUGGGGUAGUUUUCGGUAUGAUUAUAGGUGAGGCAUUUCAGUCGUCAACGAUGUAUAGCCCGUCAUAUGGAUUUGACGGCGGCUACCCAUAUGAGCCACUAUGAAGGACAGAAAAAAGAGGAGAAGGCAAAAAUCCAAAAUAUAUUUAUAUCUGUACUCAAUAAAUUCUAUCAGAAUCGGGAUCUAUCCGAUAUUUGAAGUCGUAGUUAGGAAAGUCUACCCGGAGUACGUGUUCUUCACCAGAUCUCUAAGUUUUAUGGCCCGAUUUCUUGGGACCCAAAUAGUCACAACUUCAAAAGCAGCAACACCGCUACAAUAUAUG